CAGGAAGUCGUCUGUGGUUGCCAAGGAAACUUUUGCUUGCGAGCCCUCAGUUGUAGGUUUGAAUGUAAAUGUAUAGACUAUCUAGUGACACAGACGGGAAAAUUCUGCAAAAGCGUGAGGCAUGAGUUACUGUCAUGGGUCUGUGCCCCAGGGGGUCCGGCCUGGUACAGCACGGGUCCUGGUGACUGAGCUGAGUGGUUCAGGCUCCAUCAACCCAACUCCUGCAAGUAAACCCUGUGAGGACUCUGAAACACCAGUGGACUUUUAUCUCUCCCCGGAGAAGUUGAAAUUGCUGUGUGGCACACAAGACCUCUCUAAUGUGACCUCACUGGAGAUCUGUGUAGACACUCAAGAAAACACACUUGGUAACUUUGGUGUCUACUUGCCUGGAUUAGUGCAGCUAAAAAUGAACAACAGCAGGAUCCUGUCAGUAAGAGACUUGGGAACCACCAUCUCCCAACUGCAGGUGCUAUGGAUGUCUCGGUGCUGCCUACAAGACCUAGAUGGGAUUACUACUUUCUGUGCUGUUACGGAGCUGUACUUGUCCUAUAACAACGUGUCAGACCUGAGUCAGGUUGGCAUGCUGGAGAACCUGCAGCUGUUAGAUCUGGAAGGGAAUGACGUGGAUGAUUUAGUCCAGGUUCAGUAUCUCAGUUUAUGUAGCAAACUGGAGAGACUUACCCUGGAGGGAAACCCUGUCUGUUUACGCCCAAACCCCACAUCAACUCAGAUGGCAGACUACAGUUACCGGGCAGUGGUGAGGGAGCUGGUCCCUCAGCUGCGUUACCUUGAUGAUGUAAAGGUGGAGGAGGACAGGCUUAGCUGCUGUACCACCAUGGGAGAAGACUGGGACAUUCUCAGAAACUCCAUUAGAGAUUCUAACUCCUCUUAUCCUGCUGGUGAUGAGGAGACAACCGACAGUGUACAUCCUUACAGCCGACCCAGUUCAGCCACAUGCCCUUCUCCCAGCUUCUCCGGUGUCUGGGCCAUGUCAUCGUCAGGCACCAGACCACACUCAGGCUCCAGACUCAUGUCAGCGAUCAGGCCUGGAGUUCUCUCCCCUUCUGGAUCCAGACCUGGUUCUGCAGACUCAGAUCUGGCAGUAGUGGAAGCUGAAACCAGCGCUCUGACUCACAGAGCAGGUAACAUCAUCUUCUGUGGGAACCCAGUCCAGGCUAUUCGAGCAAAGCGACAAAAGUUAAGGACAGCACCCACCAGGUCUACUUUCACCCCCCGAGACUUUCCCAUUCACGUACCAGAACACACAUAUGACCUCGAGGAGCCUGAUCUGACAGAACGUGCUGAUGUCUUUGCAGAGCUCAGAGCUUGGAGGGAACAGCAUAGCAGACGUCUUGAGGCCAUAGCGAAAGACAGACUGCCACAAAUCUUGUCCAUUCAGCACUCUGAUGAUGAAGAAGCCCGUUGUGAUGAGGAAGAAGAUGGCUGUGGUUCUAUGAGGAGUGACAGCAGUGAAGAGGAGAAAGAGUAUGACAACCAAGAUGCAGCCUCACUAGAUUUCUCUUUCCAGUCUCUUUCCCCAGAUCUGCUUCCCAGAAAAAACUUACCUUCAGAUAUGGCUCGACUGUCGCUGGCUCCCCAAACCGCAGUGUCCCCUUCUCCUCCUCUCAAAGGCAGUGCAACUGCUGUUGAUUUGAAACCGCAAGGGAUCCGUGCACGGAGGCUUCAUCUUAGCCGGGCCAGACCACAAUAUUUACCUGAAUUCAGCAGCGCCUUUGAAAUAUGUAUGACUUCAGGAGAUACAGACCUGCAAAUGAGUGUGCCUCCAAUGACUCUGCCUGCACCCAUACCGCACCCACCUCCAACAGCUGCCCCAAGUGAAAGGCUGAAGCAUUCACGUGUGAAGAUGGACUCUGGUGAGCAGCCAGGCCAGAAGUGUGAGAUAUCCAAAAUCCUCAAGAGACCAGCAAUAACUCGCCCUCACACAGCCAGGGCAGCUUUACAGAAACAUCACCAGCACCACAUACUCCAGUCCUGCAGAGGGAGCUCACAGCCAGACUGACUGUUGACUGUCCCCUGUCAGUAUGACUGCUCUUAACAUCUCCAUUAAAUGGGGUCUUUCCCCUUUUUCAACUCAUCACUCAGCCGUAUGUUGAUUUAUCAUAGUUUACACCAUCGUUUCUUUUUCUCUGUUUUUUAAGAACUGAAGAUACUGUUGUUGUUCACUAGUUCAACAGCAUCCAGUGCUCACGAAGCUCACAGCGCAAACAGUAGUUGGAUAUUUUCCUUUACUGAGACAAAACCUCUCACACCGCAGAACUGCUCUUAAAUAGACUAAAAUAUCGAAGAGGCCGUAAGUGCACAUCUCAGGAUGCUCUAUAGAAUUUUUACAAAUGCAGCCCUGUGCUGUUUUAGCUGGAAAGAUGUAAAAUGUGAACUUCCACAAAGACUACCUGCAGUGAUGGUAAAGUUCCUGAUGUUCAAUGUGUAAUAGUCUCAUAUUGUCACUUGAGGGCACUGUGUGUAAAUAUUAAAUCAGAAAAUGAAUCCAUUGCUUCAACCAUGCUGAGCAAGCAAUCCUUCAAACCUACCACCUUGACAUGUAACAUUUAUUAUU